AUGAAUCCUCAUCCCUCCACAACCCAUGACAUCAGCCUGGCUACAGCUGCCUCUCAAAAGGAGCCGGUCACCAUCAAGACCCAUCACUACCGCUCUCCGUCGGAUGCCACAUCUAUAUCAACAGACAUUGUCGACCCUCACCGGGCGAUACGCCGUGUGCAACGCACCACCCUGCCGCCGCUCCCGGACCUGCGCUUCGAACAGAGUUACCUAGCGAGCUUAAAGGGGGCGGAAACAUGGCAGAAGGUUGCAUGGAUCACGUUGCGGGAUCAGGUCUGCCUCCCUCUGAUGCAAGGAACGCUAUGGACACUCGCGCUCGCGGGCUGGCGGUAUUGGAAUUGUGGAACCCAAUUCAAAGGACGGACGCUGGGUACAAGGAUCCGCAGAUGGUGGUGGGAGGUGAAUAACUGGAAGAUACCCGAGUUAUGA